AUGUUUUGCUAUCUAUCCUAUCAUCAGAGCGAGAAAUCCGCUCUCUGGACGCAAUGGCCGCCUCCUACACGUCGCCUUCUACCUUCGUUCAUUCAUCCUCGUCAAUCUCGCACUGUUUGCACCCACAAUACUUCGGUGGACCCUUUCAAUACCGACAGUCUUUACGGUCCUUGCAUUCCUCCAAAAGCCAGCGUCUCCUCUUCUUCGAUCAUCACAACUUUGGAUACCGUCACAACCAGCACGACGCUCCUUACACCCAAUCCAACCCCUCCGCGUCUUUGCUCAGAAACACCUCCCCCUCACAGCCGCAGCAACCGCCCCUUGCCAAAAACCCCCCGCCCUUCCAACGACCCGCCCCUCUACCUCCCCUCUCACCAUCCGAUCCCAAUACCAUCUCCGCUGCCCGUCCCCGCUCCCAAACAUGGACGACACCUUGCCCCCCUCCCCACAUCCACAUCCUCCAUUACCGGCAUCGUCGUCGGCUGCUUCAGCGCCGUCGUCAUCGUCUCCGCCGCGUCACGGCUUCCCUACCAGCGCACGAAUCCACAUAUCAUAAACAGAGGCCUCAUGGGCGGAGCGGCGUUCUCCGCGCCCUAUUUAGAAGACGUGAGAGCCCAUUGCAGUCCGCGUCCCCAGGGCCAAGACCGCCGUGUACUGCCUCAGACACCGGGGAGGGUUGGGCGCGACUCAGCGGCGGAGGAGGAGGAGGAAAGCGAGAGUUUCAAGCGCGCGGAAGAAAUCUCGCUGGGGUUGGUUAUUGAGGAGGGGAGUGUGCAGGCGAAGCACUCUACGUCAUUUCCAGCGCCUCCCGUCAACUCCAGCACCAGCAACGACGCUGGAUCUACCGCGAGAGCUAGGGGAAGGCUGGACACGAGCGCGUGUACGCCCACGCCGAUGUCGGGGCAGAGACUGAGGGCACCACCGCCGAAUAUGCCGGCGAAGGGUGUUUUGAGGCCGCGAAGUGAGAUAAGGCCGCUAAGAGCGGACCCGGAGGUGGGCGAGUUCGCGGUUGCGCCGCUGGCACUUGGGAAGCGGCAGGGUGACUAUGGGGGCUUGGGGCUUGAGGGGAGUUAUCCACCGGCUGGGAUGGUUUGA